CAAAUUAGAGUACUACAUGUUUUAUGGUCUGCCCGAGAAGAUAUCGGGCACUCUGCAGUGGCAACCCAAAGAAACAGCUUCUUUCUGAACCCAAAGUUUCUUCUGUUUAGUUUAAAUGCUUCUCUGUAGACAGCGCCACAGUCCUUUUCUAUUUCAUUUUCGUAUUCAUUUUUUCGUUGGUCUCUUAUUUGGAAAAUAGAAUAAAGCUUGACUAGGAGUAAUAUAUGAUCGUUUUUAUAUUAAUAAUGGUGUGGUCUUAGUUAUUCUAAUGGCGGAGAUCUGCCGCAGAGUGGUGAACGAAGGGCAAGCAACAAUACCGUACGAGCCGAGUUCGCGCGCAGCAAGGAGACGUAGAAUGGAGAUUAGACGAAUUAAAAUCGUGGACAUGGCUUCAUCGGAAGCUGAAAACAGCAGGAAACGCAAGAAGAUGCAAGUUUACGAGGCAUCAUUUUUUCUAGACUCCGAAAACGCUAAUGAAAUUUCUGCUUCUGAUGAGGACAGAAAACGAACGGUUAUACCUAAAAAUGGAAGAUCGGAAACGAACGGAACGAUAAUGAAAAGUCACUCGAGUCCCUCGCUAUUGAAUCCUGUGAACGAUUCAGGUUUACAUCCUAAGUUUGGCGUCGCUUCGGUUUGUGGAAGGAGAAGGGACAUGGAAGACGCCGUCGCUAUUCAUCCGUCUUUCCACCGCCAAGGCCAGGACCCCUCCGCCAGUGGCUUCCACUAUUUUGGCGUAUAUGACGGUCACGGUUGCUCUCACGUGGCAAUAAGGUGCAAAGAACGGUUACACGAACUGGUGAAAGAAGAGCUGGUCAGCGAGGAGGAAUGGAAAGGAGCAAUGGAACGUAGCUUCACGCGCAUGGAUAAGGAAGCAAUAAAAUGGAACGAAAGCUUGGAUGGUGCUAAUUGCCGAUGCGAGUUACAGUCUCCCGAGUGUGAUGCCGUUGGAUCUACCGCUGUUGUCGCUAUUCUAACGCCUGAUAAAGUAGUAGUUGCCAACUGUGGUGAUUCGAGAGCUGUUUUGUGUCGUAACGGCAAGCCUGUUCCUUUAUCGUCUGAUCACAAGCCAGAUCGUCCGGAUGAACUAAAUCGGAUCGAAGAAGCGGGAGGUCGGGUCAUUUUCUGGGAUGGUCCUCGAGUUCUGGGAGUCCUCGCGAUGUCCAGAGCCAUAGGUGAUAACUACUUGAAACCCUACGUGAGCUGUGAGCCGGAGGUUACGGUUAAUGACCGGAGGGUUGACGACGAAUUUUUAAUUCUUGCUAGUGACGGUUUAUGGGACGUAGUGUCCAAUGAUACUGCAUGCAGGUUGGUGCGCAUGUGUUUAAGGGGUGGGAAGUGUGAUUUAAACGCCCUGCUGUUGUCGCCGGGUAGAGUGGAAGGGGAGGCGCUUGAAGGGUCAGUGAUGGGGAGAGAGAUCUCAGACAAGGCCUGCGCUGACGCGUCCAUGCUGUUGACGAAGCUGGCGUUGGCUAGGCAUAGUUCGGACAAUGUCAGCGUAGUCGUGGUGGAUCUAAGGAGAGACACGUAAUGGGCGUUUGAAACUUCACUGUUUUUCUUAUUCAAAAAAAAGAAAAGAAAUAGAAUCACUGUUUCUCUCCUAUUCUCUUCAUUUUGGUUCAAUUGAACGGAAAGGUGGGUUAUUUUCUCUACACUUAUGUACCGUUUUUUUAAUUAAUUAUGAAAUUAGUGCCUAAAAAAUUCAAAGAAU